AUGAGGCGCCGAAAGCUGCUCAUCUGCUGGGCCGCUCUGCAGGCGGGCAGCGGCAUCUUAACAUGCCUGCUGCUGCUCUUGAGCCAGCAUCCGGCUGCUGCCGGCAUUGUGCCGCCACCCUGGAGCGAUCCCGCCAAGAAUCCAUGCGCCAGCAUGGCCGGAGGCUGGCAAUUGCUUUACUGGACGCCGCUGAACAAAUGCUUCAAGAUCUUCACACUCGGCUUUCCCUGUCCGGAGACCAUGGAACUGAGUCCCACAGCGGUUAGUGCCAAGCGCAAGGAUGUGCCAGCGGCCGAGUGUCGUUGCCCACCGGGAACGGCACUCAGUGCCAUCGACAAUGUAUGCCAUAAGAUCUACGAACGUGGACCCUGCCAGUUUGGAGAAUACUUUCAGCCCGUAACGGAGCAGGCAAAGGCUAGGUAAGUUAAAGGCAAUCGUUGGGGCAGCUGUCGGCGCCCAUUGCAGUGUUCGCCGGGCAUGAUCUUCUGGCCGCGCGACAAUAAGUGCUACACGCAGCAUUCAAAGGGACCCUGUCAUAAAGGAAAACUUCUCGUGCGGAAUAACGACGGUCUGGCCGAGUGUCAGUGUGAGGAUGUGGGGGAGCUGAGUGCCUAUUACUAUCCGGCCGAGGAGUCCUGCUACGAGCAUUAUACCAAAGGACCCUGCUCUACGCCGGGUCACAUUUUUUUGCCUGGCGGUCGUUGCGACUGCCAGCGACAUUUGCCACAUUAUUAUGCGCCACAGCAAAUGUGCUUCGAGUUAGACACACCGGGACCCUGCCCUCCUGGUCAUAUAUAUCGCAUACCCGACGAUGAUGGCGACGGCGAAGAUAAUGAACUGCGUCUGCUGCCUCGUGCCAAGUGCAUUUGCAAGGAUGGCUAUGUUCCUUGGAGCGAUGGCAUCUGUUAUAGACUUUAUACGAGGGGUCCUUGCGCCGCCAAUGAGUUCCUGAUCAAUGCUACCACAUGUGUGCCGAACUUUUGCGGCAAGAAUCGCCUUUACUUCCCCGCUGAGGAUUCCUGCUAUCGCAUUGGCUCGCAAGGACCCUGCGCUAUACACCAGGUGGUAGUCUUUGAUUUCACAGCACGACCCUCGCUUGAUGGCAUCUCGUAUAAUGGCAUGUGUGGGUGUGCGGGCGUAAUCACCAAUCUAGACCAGCAGUGCUCUGGAACUAGAGAUCACGAGCAGAAUAUCUGCGAAGCUACGCCGGGCAUGGUGGAGCUGAAUGGUCAAUGCUACAAACUGUACACGCGUGGUCCCUGUGGGGCUGGCCAGUGGUUGGAGCCCUUGAAGGGGCAAACACUGGAGACGCAGACAAAUGGCACCAGAUUGUUUGCCCAUGGCAACAAGGCCAAGUGUGUGUGCAGGCCGGGCUACACACCUUCCGAGGCGGGACAGAGCAGCAGCCCAGGCAGCAGCGGCACAGGCAUGCAUAAUUGCAGUGCGCCGAGCGUCAGUCUGGCUAGGUGGUUUUUAGAAAUUUUUGGCUAA